AUUAUAUUUAUAUAUACCUAAUCGAAUAUUGACUUGUCAGUAAUCAGGCAUGUUAUGGUAGGUGGUGGGAUAACGGAUCCGAACAGUGUUCAAAACUAAGGUUGAUUCUAUGUAUUAAAACCCAUUGUUUUUUUAACAGAUAAUUUUGAAUAAAAUACAUCAAACCAAAGAAAUAUAAUUACUAAUUUUAAACCAGACAAAAUGGCUACAUCUAUGCGUUGCAAGGUUGCAGCAUAUCAUAAGUCAUCGCAAGUACAAGACAUUGUUUCGAAAUCAUCGCGUGCCAAUGGAAAUGAAACGUUAGCAAGACAAUUAUGCAGUAAGUCUACACAGGAAAAGUGCACAAAAAGAACAAUUGGCGAAGAUUUUGAACUAAUUACAUAUGUUUAUGAGUUCCUUGUCACACUUCGAGUUUUCAAGCCCGUAUGCGGAAAUAGAUGGAACCAUCAUCAAUUGAAACCAACGAACUUUAGUUUUAUGCUCAUCAUAUUUUGUUCCUUGUUAUGUGUUGCUUCGGCUCACAGCUUUGGAAAGGAUGAAUGUGAUCCAAAUGAUCCAUCUUCAUGCAGUUUUGGAGCAACAUGCCAAAAAGAACAUGUGCGUGGUCACAGAGGAAGAGCUUUUUAUCGAUGCAAAUGUCCUCAGAUAAACUGUUACAGUGCAGGAUUGUACGAUCCCGUUUGUGGAGAUGACGGAAUAUUUCAAAAACCAUAUUUCAAUGUACUGUGCAUAAUGCUUCAAGAAUGUGAAAUGCAACAACCGAUUCGGCAAGUCUGUUCUGGAAUAUGUGGGACACCGUCUUGUAAAAAAAUUUCACCAGAAUCCAUGCACCACGGUCCAUGUCCUCGCAAAGACGCAAAUCUCUGCCUCAACGGAGGGUUAUGUGUUCAUCACAAGAUUUUAGAUCGGUCUUCUUGCAGAUGCCCAGCAGAAUAUACUGGUGACAGAUGUGAGUCAAAAAUACCGCCACCGCCCGAUCCUACAAAAGAUGAGGAUAAAGUAACAUGUGAUUCGACAUCGACAAAUUUUUUAACGAUUUUCGCAAUCGUAUUGUUGGGAUUCGUACUGCUUUUCAUCAUCGUCUGCAUGUGUUGUAGAAAUCGCCAAGAUGAUAAAGAAGAAGACCCUUUUUGGCCUAGUUCUAGACUGGAGUUGGACGAAACAACACCUUUACGAGAAAAUACAAGAUCAGAUUAUUUAUUUCCCGAAAAAAGUAACGAAACAACAGAAUCAACAACUGAAUGACACCCAAUAUCCCCAGCUCUUCAAGUUUAUAAAUUUAUUUCUUGGGUGGAGAAAAAGGUCAUUCAAAUAAUAAAUGGAUGAAAGUCAAACGCCGGAAACCUAACAUUCUUCAGAUAUUUUGCGUCUAAAUUUUUUGAGCAUAUUAAAUAUAUCAAGAUAACGCUGGUGAAUUUUGCACUUCAACGUAUAAAUUUUUUCUUUUUUGUAUUUUCUUUUUUAUUAUUCAGUUAUUUGUUUGUCCUAUUUAUUGAAGUGUGCAUGAAGGAAUUUUGAAUUUUGUUUUUCUCCGUGAAAAAUAAGAAAGAGUUUCGUGAAA